AUGAAAGAGAACCCAUUAUAAUAAAAAUAUUAGGACUUUCAAGAAAAUGAAUCCUUAUUAGAAAUAAAUUUAGAAUAAUUUGAAUAAUAAUAAUUAUUAUUAUAUCUCUAAUAACAGUAAGAAUAAACAAUUGCACUUUCAAAAAUCAUUGAGGUAUCAUAAGAAUCUCAAUAAAAAUUUGAUUAGUAAGAGAAAUAAGUGAAAGAUUAAUUUUUAGGAUCUGAAAUGAAACCUCCAAUAAUUCAAGUUGAACAACAACAAAAUGGAAAAAAAGAAAUACAAAUUAAGAAGCUUCCUGAAGAUAUAACAGCAGAAGAUAUGGAAAAUAGGGAGAGGAAACGACUUAUUAGAAAGAAUAAAAAAAAAUAACUAAACGAUGAAGUGUUAAAACAUAUUAAAUUAUAAGAUGUCUUUGAAAAAUAAACUACAAAUGUAUCAAUAAAACACAAAAGAUUAAUUUGUGAAUAUAUUAGCAAAAAAAUUAUGCUAGAAGAGAUUAAUACAUAGUUGUAGGCAUUAAGAGAAGGAUUUUUUGAUAUUUUACCAAAAGAGUUUUUCUCUUAUAUGGAUUGGAGAGAUCUUUAAAAACUAAUUAUAGGAGUUCCUUCAGUUGAUGUUGAUGAUUUACAAGAAAAUACAGAAUAUAUAAGUGAUGAAAAGACUAAUUAAACAGUUUUAUGGUUUUGGGAGGUUUUGACAACCUUAAGCGACUCUGAAAAGGCUGAUUUCUUAAUGUUUGCAACAGGAAGUCCUUUAGUUCCAUUUGGAGGAUUUAAGAAUUUAAGAGGUCCAAAUGGUCCAAGAAAAUUUUCGAUUUCAAAAGACUUCAAUAAAGAACAUUUUAUUAAGGCUCAUGCAUGCUUUAAUCGAAUUGAUUUACCAGAAUACUCCUCUAAAGAAAUACUAAGAGAGAAAUUGCUAAAAUCUUUGAAGGAAUCCGGUUCAGGAUUUGAUUUAAGUUGA